AUGGCCGAUUCCAGUUCUUGCGCGCCUCCCCGCCAGCGACGAUCGCGGACAGGGUGCGAAGAGUGUCGCCGGCGCCACUGGAAAUGCAACGAGGCAAAACCGGCAUGCGCCUACUGCCAGAGCGUCGGGCGACCCUGCGUGUACUCCCGGCAGCUCUCUUGGGGCGGCCGGCCGUUCAAGAAGUCUCGCUUCGGCAAGUGUCUGGACUCUGGAGCCAGAGCCGUGACCUCCACCGGGUCUGAUGAUACUGCGGCGACAAGCAAAGACUUCGUCUAUACCUAUUCCCCUGAAGCAGUUAGUUCCAGGCCGCGUUCAGAAAGCAGCUCGACCACCUCGUCAAACACUACAGUGUCUGAACAGGAGAUCCCUGUUAUCGCGACCGCUCAGGCACCAACCACAGCCGAAGAUUUGGCGGCGUUGUCCGCUCUUCACCUUCACGUCUUGGCCGUUGCGCCUGGAGUAUCGCCCGAGUCCAGGCCCCUAUUCGACUAUUUCGUCCAUGGCAUGAGCGUAUCAAUCUCCUGCCACAAAGGCAUCCAAGAUGAGCUCUGCUCGGCCAUUGUGCCCAUGGCGGUCCAGGUCCCCCAUCUUCUCUCCGCUGUGCUGGCCCUCGCGGCCGCUCAUCGGCAGACUUCUGGUCUGUUCCAGGGAGAGCGUCGGUUUGAGAUGAUGAAGGGCAAAAGCCUCCAACAACUCAGGUCGGCCCUGGACUGCUUCAACCCCGCCGACAAUGACCAACUGCUUGCCACCACCUUGAUCUUGUGUAUGGUCGAGAUCAUAUCUCCCAACCCCAGCAACGCAUCGUGGCGGUCACAUCUCCACGGAGCCGCCACCUUGUUUGCGCACCGCCACACCAGCUCGCGCUCCAAUCUGACUUCGGCCUCAAGCUUCCUGAGGAGAAAGUAUCAAGCUCUACAAGCGAUUGCGCUGGCAUGUGGUUCGAGAAGAUACACGGGUCCCAUACUACUGUCGCCUGCCGCGGAGACUGCCGCCUACAUCGACGAUCUGGCCGGGUUUUCCACGAAUCUGUUACCCAUCUUCAGAGCAAUCAACGACCUGGAGAGCUCACACGAAAUGCAAGAGAGUGAUUUCGUCUGUGAUGAUCCUCCUGGACCACCCCACUUUGACUGCCACUCGCCGGUCGAGCAUCAGUCACACUUGCUGUUUGAUCGGAUCCAGGAGAUGUUGGCAACCCAAAAGCUGUCCCGAUCACAACAAAAUCCCGGAAACCUACCUCAGGCCAUACAUCACGACUUCUGCCUUCUGGACGAAGCCCACCAUCACAUGGCCAUCCUUCAGGUCUUCCGUCGUGGAUCAUUGUCGGUUCCUCGGCAAGUGAUUGACGACAGCAGACGCGCCAUUCUGGCCAUACUCGCCUCAAUCUCCUAUCACAGCACUCCUUGCCCCGCGGUUGCCGCGCUGCCUCCGUUAUUCGUGGCGGGUAGUUUCUGCACCAAUCCUGCAGACCGGGACAAGGUUCGCAGUCUGUUGAAGACAUUGUGGGUGAAUUUUGGCAUGGGCAAUGUCAGAUCUUGUCGGACUGUGUUGGAGAAAUGGUGGAGACAACAAGACUGUGCCGUGGAUAAGAUGGGCGCCCUCGCGCACCAGUCUUAUGGUAAGUCAAUACUUCGACAUAGGUCUCAGUAG